AUGUUGGCUGCUCUGAGCUCAGCAAAGGAGAAGCUUUCAGAAUAUUACGCAAUGACUGAUCAUGUUAGUGGUGAUCUCUAUGCUAUCGGAACAAUCCUAGCCCCGCAAAAUAAGCUGGAAUUCUUUUCUACUUCUGAGUGGGAGCCAGAAUGGCGUGUCCGAUACCGCAAGAGCCUUGAGGACCACGAACAACCGCCCAUGACGAGAUAUCACGUUAUCUUGGGAGCAGAUAUUCUCACAACUCCUGCUAGUGGCUCUGGUGUUGAACGGUUGUUCAACUCUGCCCGUAAUAUCUGUCACUAUCGUCGAGGCUCAUUGAAACCCCAUACCAUCAAGGAGCUCAUGUUAUUCAUGUGCACAACAAAGUUCAACCUUGAAUCAGAAGAACUUUCCCUUAUGGAUGAGUAUCUCACAACACAAGAGAUACAAAGAGCCAGGGAGGAAAGGGAUGCUCAGCGAGCACUCGAAGCUCAGAAUACAAAGUACGAUUUUGACCCAAUUAGUGACAGCGAGGAGGCUGAGAGUGAGGAUGAAUCCUUAGUACUACCUCAAAGUCCUCAAGCUUCCCAAGCACGCAGUCAGCAUUCGCUUGGCAAAAGACCAGCAAGGGAGGAAGAGCCACUGAUUGAAUUGGAUGGAAAUGAGGAAGAUGAGGUUCCUUUACCUUACAAUAGGCAUCUGGUGACAGUAAGCAGUACCCAGAGACGCUCGUCUGGCCGUCAACCGAAGCGUUCCAAGCGAGAUGAAGACUUUGUAUACAAGACUCCUUAG